AUGGCCACUAAUCAAUCAACAACAAGUGCAGACUAUACUUCAUUCCCAUUUGCAACAAAUCGAAAUAACAUUACAGACGAUUAUGAAAUAUCACCAGACGCAUUAGGUGUUGGCAUAAAUGGUAAAGUACUCAAAUGUAAACAUCGUCGAACUGGACAAAAAUGUGCUCUUAAAAUUUUAAAAGAUUCAAUUAAAGCUCGACAAGAAGUUAUCCUACAUAAAAAGGCAUGCGAAAAUUGUCAAUACAUUGUGCAAGUACUGGACGUCUAUGAAAAUAAAUUUCGAUCUCAACGAUGUAUAUUGAUUGUAAUGGAAUGUAUGGAAGGUGGUGAAUUAUUCAAUCGUAUUCAACAACGAAAUGAUAAUCCAUAUACUGAACGUGAUGCUGCUAGAUAUAUUUUGAUGAUUGUUCAAGCUGUUAAUCAUUUACACAAAAUGGAUAUAGCUCAUCGGGAUUUAAAACCAGAAAAUCUACUUCUAACAAAUCAAAGCAAUGAUGCUAUUCUCAAACUUGGUGAUUUUGGAUUUGCUAAAGAAGGACACAAUGAACCAUUACCAUUGACUUCCCCAUUAUUCACACCGUAUUAUGUUGCACCAGAGAUUCUGUAUCACAACAGAUAUGACAAAGCCUGUGACAUUUGGUCGAUGGGUGUGAUUAUGUAUAUUCUUCUAUGUGGUUAUCCACCUUUUUUUUCGGAAGGUGGACAUACGAUCAGUUCUCGUAUGAAGAAUAAAAUCAAAACCGGUGAUUAUCGAUUUCCAGAUGCUGAAUGGCGAAAUAUCUCAUCAGAAGCUAAAUCAACUAUUCAACGAAUGCUUACAGUAGAUCCAGUUCAGCGUAUUACAAUUGAUGGAAUUCUCACAUCUUCAUGGCUUACUGAAUUGACAUCCGAUAGAGCAAUCAAUAUGAAUGCACUUCAAGAUGUAGAAACUCGACAACAAUUAGAAGCUGCAGUUGCAUCUGCUACUGAUGAUCAACGUCGAAUUGAUGAUGAUUUAGACAUUGAAAUAUCUGGACCAGAGGCAUCACGUAUUGCUAAACGAGCAGCCAAACGAAAACAACAAAUGGCUGUCGACAAUGAGGAACAUCAGCAAAUGUGA